AUGUCGGACGACGACCGCAUGUCGCUGACGACGGCCGUGAGCGACGAGGACGACGCGGAGAGCGUGCACAACUCGCCGUACCGCGCCAAGCAGACGGGCACCGCCGCCGCCUCCUUCAACUGCACCGGCGCCGUGCGCAAGGCGGGGUUCCUGAGCGUGAAGAAGUGGUUGCUGCGGAAGAAGCACCAGAUCGAGCUGGCGCGCAAGCGCGGCUGGAAGGGCUACUGGGUGUGCCUGAAGGGCACCACGCUGCUCUUCUACCCGUGCGACUCGCGGGAGGGCCGCAGCGUCGAGGCGGCGCCCAAGCACCUCAUCAUCGUCGACGGCGCCAUCAUGCAGCCCAUCCCGGAGCACCCCAAGCGCGACCACGUCUUCUGCCUCAGCACCGCCUUCGGCGACGCCUACCUCUUCCAGGCGCCGUGCCAGGUGGAGCUGGAGAACUGGGUGAACAGCAUCCACUCCGCGUGCGCAGCCGCCUUCGCCCGGCACCGCGGCAAAACGGGCACGCUGCACCUGCUGCAGGAAGAGAUCUUCCGCCUUGAGAAGGCCAUCGAGUCGGACCACAAGCUGAAACACAUGGCGGACCUGCAGCAGAGCGUGGUGUCGGACCCAGAGACGAAGCAGCAGAUCAACAACCAGAUCGUGCAGUGGGAGGAGAACCUGGAGCGACUCCACUGCGAGCAGUUCCGGCUGCGCUGCUACAUGGCCAGCCUGCAGAGCGGCGAGCUGCCCAACCCCAAGAGCCUGCUGACGCACGUGUCGCGCGCGACGAAGAACACGCUGAACAAGCUGGGCGUGUUCACGGUGUCGUCGUUCCACGCGUUCAUCUGCGCGCGCAGCCCGUCGCUGCUGAACAACCUGCUGGCGGGCCGCGGAGCCACCAAGCGCCGGCCGCCCAUGCUGUCGCGCUCCAACUCGGGCUCCUCGCGCCGCUCGCUGCAGCUCUCGUCUCGCGACGACCAGGACAAGAGCGUCAAGGUCGCGCUGCCCGACAACCAGACUGCUCAUAUCUACCUGAGGGAUGCAAUGUCUGUCGAGGAAUUUCUGGCAAGUGCAUGCGGUCGGAAGAAUUUAAACCCGAUGGAACAUUUUGUACGGGUCAAGAAAAGACGAGACAUGGAAGACCACAAUUAUUUCGUUCCUCAUCGGACGGAUCUUAUAGAGACAUAUCUCCACACACACGAGAUAGUGGAGGUUUGUGCAAAGAUACUGUAUCAGGUAGAGCUUCAGCGUACCACUCUGGAACAGAUGUGGGGAUUCUCAGUGGAAGCAGAACUGAUCGAGAACGCCGAUCGCCAAGACGAACUGUGCUGUUAUGUGAGCAGAGUGGAGGACAAGAGUGUUGCUAUGCAGAAUGGAAUAAUCAAGGGCGACGAGAUCAUGGUAAUAAAUGGUGCUAUAGUGAGCGACUUGGACAUGAUGUAUCUCGAGAGUGUUCUCCAAGAAGAACUCGCCCUGUGCAUGAUGAUGAGGUCAUCACGGACAGAGCCGCCAGAUCUUGUGGGUAUUAUGCGUGCGACGGACGACAUCAUCGAGAGCCUCGUCUGCCCACCUCCCCCUUCAGAUCCCCCUAUCAUCAGCGAAGAGAUGAUAUCAGGGCUCAUUGUUCCUGCACCCGGCUGGAGCAAGGAGCUUUACUCUCCCGAGGCGGAGAGCUCUCCUGCUCCUUCUAGUGAAGCUGGCGGAAAAACUACUUCCCGGACGAACUCAUUCGAAAUAGAAAAUCUACUGAAGACUGCAGAGCAAGUGACAGGCUUCUGCCGAUCUCCUGUAGAAACUCGUAAGUCUAGUCCUACAGGUAGUGUCACAAGCAGCCAGUCACAAGCUCUGCUUACACCUAGCCGCCAACUUACUGAUGCUGAAAAACUUCGCAAAGUUAUUCUCGAACUUAUUGAUACUGAACGCACUUAUGUUAAGCACCUAAAUAAUCUAUUGGAGAAUUAUUUAGAACCACUGAAGAAAGAAACAUUUUUAUCAAAUGCAGAAAUUAAUGCACUUUUUGGAAACAUCCAAGAAAUUGUAGCAUUCCAAAGACAAUUUCUUCAGAACCUGGAUGAAGCUCUAGAAAUGGAACCUGAUUUCAACAAGUUUGAGCAUCCUAGCCAAUUCAAAAAUGUUCUUUUCUCUAUUGGAAAUGCAUUCCUAUUAUACGUAAAUCACUUCAAGCUCUACAGCUCCUUCUGUGCAAGUCAUUCAAAGGCACAAAAAGUACUACACCCUAAUGAGGGUAACCAAGCACUGCAAGAGUUCCUAGCUGCACGUAAUCCAAGACAGCAGCAUUCUUCCACUCUGGAAUCAUAUCUCAUCAAACCAAUCCAACGAAUUCUUAAAUAUCCACUUCUACUGCAGCAGCUGCGAAACUUGACAGAUCCUUCUUCAGAUGAGCAUCAGCAUCUUGUUGAGGCCCUUAAGGGAAUGGAGAAGGUAGCUGAACAUAUAAAUGAAAUGCAAAGGAUACAUGAAGAGUAUGGAGCAAUAUUUGAUCACUUGUUUAGGCAACAUCAGAAAUCAUGUAAACAGCCAAUUGAUCUCUCACCUGGCGAUCUUCUUUAUUAUGGAGGUGUUGAAUGGUUGAACAUAUCUGACUUCCUAGGAAAAAUAAAGAAAGGCCUUGAACUCCAUGCAAUGUGCUUUGUAUUCAAGUCAGCAGUUGUGUUCCUCUGUAAGGAACGAUUGCGACAGAAGAAGAAACUAAUGGGGGUGUCGAGCAAAGGCAGUUCCAGUGAAGUAGAAAUAAUUCGAUACCAAGUUCUUAUUCCUGUAACUGAAGUACAAGUUCGUGCAAGUUCAGCAAAGGACAUGGAUUCACAUUUCCUCUGGGAACUUAUACAUCUUAGGUCACAAUUACAAAGGCGAUCAGAAAAGGUUUACGUUCUUUCUAACAGCACGGCAGACUUCAGAAAUGCGUUCCUGAAAACUAUUCGCCAAAUAAUUCGUGAGAGUGUUCGUAAUAUGAGCAUCCCUGCAACGAAGCCAGGAUCAGGAUCUGGGGCUCUAGUGUCAUCUGCAUCAACAUCAGCAACACCCAGCAGUGGUACAGCCACUAAGGUUCCGGCAGGAAGUGCUGCCUCUAGCAGUAUGAGUGGAACUGGAGGCAGUGGGUCUUCUGGUGGAGACAGUCAUCAACAGCAGCAACAUCAGCAGCAACAGCAACAUCAUCAACAGCAGCAGCAGCAACAACAACAGCAGCAGCAGCAACAACAACAACAGCAGCAGCAGCAGCAACAGCAACAGGCAACAUCUAGCAAGGGUGUAGUAAUUCUGCAGGGAUCACACACUUUGGGAAAGCCAAAGAAACCACCAAAGGGCCUUCAGCGACACUCGGCUGGCAACAUUGACUAUGACAAUCUUGAUCGAACUGGUGAAAGUGGUUCCCAAGAAACUCCUAGCAGUUUCCGAGCACGUAGCAAGACUGUUAGUGAUGGUGCUGAUGAAAGUCAUGAAAAAGGUAGUGGCAAACAGCAUGAUUUGGAUCCAGGAACAAAGUCUGAGGGAGAAGAGGAUUCAAGCCUAGUUGCAACAGCGAAAGGGAAGUCGACUCUAGGGAGAACACCAAAUCACCUUACUCUGAGUUCUACGUCAACCCUCUCAGCAGGAAGCACUGGAAGCCAAGCAAGACUGAUCCAAUCAUCCCAUCAGCCUGAGAACUACCAGCCACCAACAGUUAAAGAUUUAGGAUCACCCGUGUGGAAACCAAGAGACAUGGUAGGCCUAGGUGAAGCAACCACACUUCCUCGAAAGGGUAAAUCCUCCUCUACCUCUUCCUGUUCAGAUAAUACAGCUAGGGACAGAGAACGUUGCUUAGUGUUUGAUUACCCAACUCCAACUCGCAAAGCAGAAGGCCAAAGCAGCACACAUGAAAAUGCGUCAUCAACAUCUUCAACCAGUGCACAGCAGCCAUGAAGAAAGUCGAGCGCUCGCAUAGGUAAAUUGCAGUAUUAACAUCAGUCAAAUGGCUCAGCAUAUCUUAAUAAUUUGCAUGCACUUCCAAUGAAUCAUUCAGCAUAGACAGAGGACAUGAGGCUGCUCAAACAUUAAUCAUUUGUUGAUUCUGUUAGAUAAUGUUAAAUUAUUCUGAUCCAAAGAUACAGGGAGGAGGAUACCAUUGCUGAAAUCAUACAAAAUUUAAAUAUAAAUCUUUGAAUAGUUCAGUAAUAAAGGUUGUUAUGAAAGAAGCUGAAUGAUUCAUUAAAAAAUAAUGUGACCAUCAGCUUUAAUAGACUUUUUUGUCUCUCGGAGCAUUUGGCAUAUUAGAUAAACUACGGAAGUGCAAAACCAUCAUGUUUUGGAGUAAAAUUAUUAAGAUUGUAAACCAUAAAAUAUCUGCUAAGAUAAGUAAUGCUAGAGCAUUACAGCCAUUGCGAGCGCACUGAAAAAUAUACUAUUUUCAAACCACACUUGGCCUAUCAGGUAACGCACAUAAAAAAAGGUUUGAUUGUAACUGCUCAAAUGUGUAAAACUAAUUCUUUAUCUAGAACAUUCCACUGGGAAGCUCUGUUUCGAUGAUUUAUUGCAUUGUUGAUUUGUAGCAGCUGCUACUUACUGAUAAGUGAAUUGUUGGUUCACCAACAACCUGGUUCAAUAUGUUUUCUUGAGUCUGUUUAUUUAGAAUUACUCUAAUGUACAUUUAAGACAAAAAUCCCACAGCAAAAAAGACUUAUCAUUCUUUAGUGAAAAAGUGAUUUUAUUUGUGAAGCAAUGUAUUGGAAAUUUAUCAUCACAUGUAAAAUAAUUUUUUACAAACACACAUCAAUCUGAAAUGUGGAAUUAUUUAUAUGUUAUGCUAUUUUCUCAGUUGCAUUCCAUAGAUCAUAUUUCACUAAUAAGUCAAAGAUUAAGUAUGAAAUAUCACCAGUUUUAUUAAUUAUUUAAGGACUAUAAAGUAUGUUAGGUUGUGUUGACCAGGAGAAACUGAAUGUGUUCUUGGAUGAUUUCUUGUGUAGGAAUUUGCAGAUAGAUUUUUGCUAAAUUAUGCAUAAAAUUUAUUUAUUGAAGAUAACUUACCUGCUUUUAAGAAGUGUAAUGUGCCAAAUUUGUUCAUAAUUUGGGAUGUAUUGUUGAUAUUAGUUGUAACUGUUAUCAGGGAAAACAAUGAUAAUUUAUUGAAUUUAGACCUGUAUUUUUUGUUUUGACACAGAAUACUCAAAUUUAUUUUGUUUCCAUAAUCUAAAUGUGCAACAAACAUGUGAAUCGGUUGCUAAAUGGAUUAAUAUUUUUGUUAGCAGAAUGAAGGGAGCUUAGCACAACAAAAUGUUAAAAUUCUUAUGUGAAUAUGAGAUUUUAUAAGAUGACUUUCUCAAACAAGCCUUGUGGCUAAAACCUGGAGAAUGUAGAGCUUUAAAUAUGGGAUGUGAGUCUUGGUAAGAAAGAUACUAUAUUGAAUAAUAUGUAUGAAACCAGGGAUUAAUUCAAAAUAAUAAUAGGAACAAUUGCAAUAUAAUUUUAUACUCUGUCAGUACCUAAGCCUUAGAGGGGUGUGAAUUGAGAACUUAAUGAAAAUAUAAAUAAAUGUAAUUGCACAAUUAUACAUAACAGACACUAUUAUAGAAAACUUAUCAUCAUUUACUAAUGGUCUAACACAUUAAAAUACCAGAAGCCCACUGUUGAGCAUUGAAGCCCUUGAUUAGAAGAAUUUUUUCUAUUCAGUGGAAAGAAAUUCCUGUUAAAGAUAAACCAAAGUUUAAUAGUAUGGUACAUGUAUAAAUAAAGAUCAUAGUAUAAUAAAUAUAUACUCAUAAUAUUUCACUUUUCAAAAGUUUCGUUCAGGUUGUACAAAUCUGUACAGUAAAAUUUGCUAUGUAAGUAAUGUGGAGUCAUAAUCAUAUCAUUACACACUAACAAAGACUGUUAUAUACAACACUGGGAGCUUAAAUAUGUGAUGUCUAUUCACAUCUCUCCAUGUAAGAGCAUGGACUUAAGACUAUCACUUUCAAGAGCAUAAAAUCAUAUUGUCACUGUCAUCCACUGUUAAUAUUUAAUUCAGUUUCAUUCCGCAACAGUAUUCCUGUAGCUCCCAUUUCGAUGCUUACAUUGAAACCGAUGUAAGCACAUUUUGUACUCAGUAAUUACACAACUGAAGAGAAAACUUAACACUAUUGAUUAAUUG